AUGCUGUGGAAAAACAACGACCUCGCGAUCGAGACGGUUCUGCUACACUGUACGCCCCCGGAUCUCUGGCAAACGCAAGUCAACGCUAUCGAGCAUUUUGGCCUUUACAAAUGCGAUUUACUGGUCCCCACGCGCGCAAUUGUUGCAAAAGACCUAGAGCGUCUGCUCUUCUACGCGCCGCUCAUCAACAAGCUCACCUUUGGUCGUGCCGCUGAUCAGCCGCGCUCCAUGCUGAUGCGGUCUGACAUACCCAUCGUGCAGCUGUCCGAGGACGGCUUCGUUGCGCUCUCGUAUAUCCUUCCCCCAUCUUUCCUCAGAAACAUUCGGCAUGUGGUUUGGUAUAGCCGUGCUGCUGGUCUGCAUCAUAUUCGGCAUUUUAUCUCGCCCUCGCUUGCUACCCUUGAACUUCGACUUCACCAUGUACCGGCCGCGUAUCUCUCGAUCCUGCAGACCCUCCCGACCGCCUUCCCCAAAGUGCAUGGACUCUCAAUCUACGCAGACGAGAAGGACGCGCCGCCAGGUAGCAUGAAUAUCGCACUGGCUCAUUUGCUCGGGGGCUCCUGGGACCUGCGUCGUCUGAACGCCACCAGCGUCGGGUCUGCGACACUCCUUGACCUCGCGCGCAUGCCGUCGCUCGCUAGCUUGACGAUCGACUCUCUGAGUAACAUGAGAGCGGAGGACGUCUUGCCUUCCCACUCAUUCGCGUCCCUCCGCACGCUCAGCGUCAACCUGGACGUACCCAUGCGCACGUGCAUCGCCAUCAUGCAGAGCGCGAACUUCACGGCGCUCACGUCGCUAUCCCUCAGCCUCAAAGAUCCUCUCCCGGGAGACUGGGCGAAGCUAUAUCGCGCCAUCCGCACCGCGCACACGCGCCCUGCCCUUUUGACGACCCUUCGCGUCGAGCAGCAGAGCAUCGGGGAGGAUGAUGGCUUACCUGCGCCGCCUGUCACCGAUGACGACCUUGCGCCUCUCCUCGACUUCGGCAGCCUCCAGGACCUCUGGCUGCAGUGCGAGGGCGGCUUCGACAUCGGACCCGCGACGGCCGAGCGCAUUGCGAAGGCGUACCCGAAGCUCCAGGAGCUCACCCUCGUCCCGAUGCGCUGUCCGACCUGGACGCGGCGGCUCACGCUCGCCGCGCUCGAGCCCUUCGCGCGAUACUGUCCUGUCCUCCAGUACCUCGAGCUCGAACUGAACGGGACGGGCGUCACGUUCGACCGCAACCCAGCGCGUCCCAGUAUUGCGGGCUCGCGGCCCAUGCCGCCGUCCUUGCUGCUCUGCCUCGGCGUACGGUGGUCGCCGAUCAACAGCUCGCGCGCCGUCGCGGCGUACCUCUCCCUCUUCUUUCCCCGGCUCGGAUACGUUACGACCGCGGACGAGCUGUCGGGCAGGCGGUGGCGCCGGGUUGGCGAGCUGGUUACCGUGUUCGCCAAAAUUCGUGCGCACGAGCGCUUGGAGGCGGCUGGAAGUACUUCCGCCACGACUCAGGAAUACAGCACUCUUCUCGUGGAUGACUCGGCAAUGCUGUCUGGAUCGGAAGGGGGCAACGACGAUGACUAG